AUGGAUCCAAGGGUUUUCGAGGCAGUGACAAAGAACAAGGAAAGGCGUUUCAAGAAGCUGGUGGGCAAGAAUGGGAGUGAAAUAGUGAAGCAGAGAUCAGAAGAGACGGGCGACACGGCGCUGCACCUGGCGGUGAGGCACGGCCGCAUGGAGUUUGUGAAGGAGAUCCUGAGGGUGUGGCCAGAAGCUGCGGYGGUGGAGAAUCUGAAGCAUGAGACCCCAUUCCACGAAGCUUGCAGGGAAGGAGCAGCCCAAAUCUUAGAGCUGCUUCUGGAGACGAAUCUAUGGGCGAGUUACCAUAAAMAUGAGAGCCCCUUGGUGCUGGCCUGCACCCUUGGUCACGUGGAUGUUGUCAAAAUCCUUUUGAAUCAGAGCGGGAUCAACCACUCCGACUUCGACCCUGUCGCUGCUUUUCUUGACGCUGCCUAUCAAGGACACCUGGGUAAUAAAUUUCCUAACUUUUCAACUUUUAAUUUUCUGUCUGUUGUAAUCUUACCAAGAUUUGUUGAAAACAACUCUCCAAAUUCAAGGCUCCAAAUUUUCUUACGAGGAACUGAUCAAAACUUUCCCAGACACGUGCUAAAGUAGAUUCAUAUAUGUUCUACUUUUUAAUUUUUGGAAAAAUUGUUGAAACUUUGGAAAACUGUGUUCUCCUCCCCUCCCUUCUCCGGCCUUCGCUUGAAUACCCGCGAGAGGUAAUGCCACUGGUCUAGAAUCCUAUGUUUCGACCUUGCUACAGACAUGUCAAAUAGAUUUUUUUAAAAAAGGGAGGAUGAACUCUCCAUCAAUAAAAAAAAUUAAGAGUCUGGCGGUUUCAAAUUUUAUUUAUGCUAAUUUUUUAUUUAAAAUAUUAAUCUAUGUUUGUUUAAACUGCAUCUGUGAAAAAUUAAAGGUAGUAUUGAAACUUCCUGGACUACAAGAACAAAUAACAAAAUUAAUUUAAGGAUUCUUUUUCUUUUUUUGUAAUGUUUUUAUUUAUUUUUCAAUGUUGAACUCCUAUCUUGUCAGCAUGCGAUGUUGUUUAAAUGUGGUUGAGUGCAGGCGUGGUUAACGAAAUAGUAAGGAAGUUCCCAGUGGUUAGAAAGGCGGACGGGGAUGGGUUACCUGGUCUGCACAGGGCUUGUUUAAGCGGCCAUUUGGACGUAGUAAGGUUUCUGUUGAGUCAUGGUGAUGGAAUGGCUCGCAAAUACACAAACUCUGGGUAUACGCCGUUGCACUUGGUUGCCAUCAACGGACACACCCACAUUCUUCAACUGUUUCUGCAGUAUAAUCGUUUCUUGUUUGUGGAUCGUACGCAACAGGGAGACCCAAUUCUUCAUCUCACCAUCCGGUAUAACCAGUUCAAUACUUUUCUCCUCUGCGCUUAACACUUCCAUGAAGAUGAAUCAUUCAUCCAUUAUGUCGACCGCCAUGGGAAUACUGUUUUACAUGUUGCAGCAGAGUAUGGACGAGUAAAGUUUGUAAAAUAUUUGAUCAAUAAAAUGAGAAUGCCGAUAAAUCGUCAGAACACGGAAGGGCUGACACCUCUAGACAUGCUCGACAACCUUGCUUCUACUAACAUUAAGAAGUUCCAAAUUCUUGAAGACAUGUUAAAAAACGCCGGCGGAAAGAGAAAAAUACAACUUACGAAUUCGACUAUUCCAACUAGCAACAAAGGGGAAUUGGUUCAGGAAUGGGUUCAAUCUUUGGAUCCAAAUUUGUUCGAGGAGGAUGGUUUGCAGAAGACUGACUUAAAUCAUGAUGAGAAGGAAGAAGAUAAGAUUGACCAUGAAACUUUGGGGAGCAAUAAUGUUAUCCAUGCUAAGAUGAAAAAAAUGAUCAAGAACAUAACAAAGACGGGUCUGUGGUUUCAAAUACCUUGGAGAGGCAGAAGCAUCUUAGCCAAAAGCGGCGGGAAGUGCUAAUCAGCAAAAUGGACAACUACCGUUUUCGGCUGGAAAAACAACACGAUAUGUAUAAGGAGGCAUUGCAAAAUGCAAGAAACACAGUUACUUUAGUUGCAGCUUUGAUUACUACAAUUACGUUUUCUGCAGGCAUAAGCCCCCCUGGUGGGAUUCACCAAGACGGCCCACUGAUUGGAAAAGCAGUAUUCGGCAAAACAAAAGACUACAAGAUAUUCGUAACAAGCAACAGCAUCGCAAUGGUAAGAUCUCUAUGUAUUAUGAUCAUUUUAGUGAGCAUCAUCCCUUUCAAAAAAAGACUAUUACUGCGACUUCUCAAGAUUACCCAUAAACUGUUGUGGGUGUCUCUAGCAUUCAUGGCGACGGCUUUCACAUCGGCCACAUGGCUCAUCUUGCCUCAAGAUUAUAGGACACAUUGGCUUCCGAAUGUGAUACUGGUGGUGGUGGGAGGGAUUAUCGGAGCACUAUACAUUUAUUUGGGAGUAGAGUUGGUAAAGCAUUGGAUUAGGAAGAUCAAAUUCAAAAGGGAGAGAGUCGGAAAGCCAAUUGUUCCGGUCGGCAGUAAUUAUGACCAUCAAUCCAUAGAUGAUCUAUCGUCUAGUAAAGCUGAGUUAGACAUAGAGCGACGUGAUGUCCUGUUGUUUUGCUCCAGCCAAAUAGCCAAUUAUGCCAGAGUAGAGAACCAAAAGCAUUGUUUCACAGAAUGUUGCUCUAAUUCAUAAGCGGGAGGGAGAGAUUUUCACUGAUGAAGAAGUAAAUUUGACCUGGAAGUGCAAGGGCGAGGUUGAAAAUCUUCAAGGAGGCGAGACCAGAUAGUCGCUGUGAAAAGACAGUAAAGCAGAAGAUGGUCCAAUGAUUCAGCAGCAAAUUUGCAGAGAAUGAACCAAUUCGGGCUGAUGUAUAAAGAUGGUAAACGAACCUGAAGCUUUUCUUAUGUAUUGAGAGCAAAAUGGAUGAUGCACCAGAUAUAAAAUUCACUUCUUUGGGAGAAGAGUUUUCCAAAGCCUAGAGAAGUGUCUGGGCGGAGAGUGGUGCAGCUGAGAGGUCGAAGGCUAGCUUUCAUUGAUUUUACCGAAAAGAGACCCUCGUUGGAUAGAGACCAGUGAGGGGCAUCAAAAGAGGGAGAAGGAAAAGCUAUCGAGAUAUUAGACCACAGUGUAAGUUCUCUGUCUAUCACGGGGCGUCCCGGACGAAUAUUCCAAGAGCCAGAAUCCCAAGCAUAAAAAACCGAUAAACUCUCGCUUGCCUAUAGAGCAUAUAAAUGGGGAAAAAACUGUCUCAGAGGAGCGUGUCCAGUCCAAGUUCAGUGCCAAAAGAGAGUGUCCCUGCCAUUUCCCACUCUCCACUAGAGUGCCCUAGAAAAAGAAUCCUUAAAUUUUAUGAUGUGAAACCAUGGGAUCUGGAGCUUCAAAAUUUGCAGCGGGAGGGGAAGGGUCGAAAGCCUCUGAGGAGUAUUUUACAGAUAUCAGAAGAGCUCAUAAAGUGUCUCUUUUCUAGGAGAAAAUCUUCGUAACCAUUUCGUGAGUAAGGCUGUAUUAGUACAUCCGACAUUGCCAAUCUCUAAAACCUCUAUGAUCUUUUGAAAGGGAGACGAUGUCCCAGCAAACUAGGUGUGAACUCCCUUUCCAAUAUCAAUGCCAUCCCAUAAGAUGUCUGUCAUCAUUUUUCGAUUUCGAUGGCUGUAUUUUUUACUUGUAUAUACUAAACUAU